GGGUGGGGGGGAAGUUUAAUGUCACGCUAGGCGUUUCGACAUUGUCCCAUGGACACGGUGCUAUUGAUUAUAUACUGCAUCAGUCACUGCUUGAUUCAGUGGCACUUAUCUGUUACUGAAUACAAUAGCACCUCAAGGACCUAUAGGAUGUGAUGCUUUGCUGUCUGUGUGGAUUAAGGCAGCGUUUCCCUGGCUGUCCUGAUUGUGUGUUAGCAGUGCAAAAAAAGCUGGAUUUGUGGACCGAGGUGCGGCUUGUGACAAGCAAACAAAAAAAAUGCAAGUCUCAAUAGCUUGCACCGAACAUAACUUGAAGCCACGGAAUGGUGAUGACCGGCACCUCAGCAAGCAGAAUUCCAGCAGCCCCAACUUGGGGAAUGGGGCUCGGGCGAAAUUCCGCACGGUGGCAAUCAUUGCUCGGAGCCUGGGCCACUUCAUGCCUCAACAUCACAUCUCUUUGAAGGAGUCGACGGCCAAACAGACGGGGAUGAAAUAUAGGAAUCUCGGAAAAUCUGGACUUCGAGUUUCAUGCUUGGGUCUUGGGACCUGGGUGACUUUUGGAGGUCAGAUCACUGAUGAGGUGGCUGAGCAGUUAAUGACCAUCGCUUACGAGAAUGGAGUGAAUCUGUUCGAUACAGCGGAGGUAUACGCAGCCGGCAAGGCAGAGGUCAUACUGGGAAAUAUCAUCCGAAAGAAAGCGUGGAGACGAUCCAGCCUGGUGAUAACAACUAAGCUCUACUGGGGAGGAAAGGCUGAGACCGAGAGAGGGCUCUCUCGAAAACACAUCAUUGAAGGUUUGAAGGCGUCGCUCCAGAGGAUGCAGCUGGAGUAUGUGGACGUGGUGUUUGCAAAUCGACCAGAUACCAAUACCCCGAUGGAAGAAAUUGUCCGGGCAAUGACCUACGUGAUAAAUCAGGGAAUGGCCAUGUACUGGGGCACGUCUCGCUGGAGUGCAAUGGAGAUUAUGGAAGCCUACUCUGUGGCCAGGCAGUUUAACCUGAUCCCUCCAGUGUGUGAGCAAGCAGAAUACCACCUUUUCCAGAGAGAGAAAAUAGAAGCCCAGCUCCCCGAGCUCUACCACAAAAUUGGAGUCGGUGCAAUGACCUGGUCCCCACUUGCCUGUGGUAUCAUCAGUGGAAAGUAUGAGAAUGGAGUGCCUGAUAAUUCCAGGGCUUCUCUGAAGUGCUACCAAUGGCUGAAGGAUAAAAUCUGCAGUGAAGAAGGGAGGAAGCAACAGGCUAAACUGAAGGAUCUCAUUCCGAUUGCGGAGAGACUAAGCUGCACUCUACCCCAGUUAGCAGUAGCUUGGUGCCUGCGCAAUGAGGGUGUAAGUUCAGUUCUCCUGGGAUCUUCCAACGUAGAACAACUUGUGGAAAACCUAGGUGCCAUACAGGUGCUUCCGAAGAUGUCAUCGCAAACCGUGAACGAGAUAGACACCAUACUUGGCAACAAACCAUACAGCAAGCGAGACUACAGAUCCUAAUUGACUGGUGCAUGGACAGGAACUGCAUGCUUAAAAGUGGGUGCGUGCACUUUACUCACUGGACCAAUGGUAGUUGAUAUGAAUCUAAUGCUGUUUGUGUCUGAGCUCCCACAAGUGCAUGCCCCGCCCGGUAAAUGAGAUGUGCCCCCUUAUACUCAAACGCAUUUAGAUUUCUUCCCAUUCAUUUGGGGCCUUCCUGGUUUUCUUACCAAACGAUGGCAUCUUUCUCUGCAUUGAUCUCCUCUUUACACAACAUAAAAACAUAUAAAAAUUACUGAAGAUAUUACCUUUGGACUGUUAAUCCCAAUCCAAGGCUUGAACAAUUUUUCAUUUGUCGAUUCCUCGCCCGUUGAUUCGCUGUUGUGGACUUGUAUGUACAAUGCCCUGCUCUUGUGCUGAAACCUUUACAGAAAAAGGCUCGACUUCAUGUUGCUGGAGCAAGGUGUGAAUGUGCUUGUUAUCGGUCAAUUGAAACCCAAAGACGCUUUUUUGAUGCUUUUACCAGGUUGUAAAAUACCACAAAAUCAAUGCUCAUUGUAACCGGUUUUAGAAAUAUACAGUACAGUACAGCUGUAACAUAAAGGUGUGGCAGUCAGUCUGGAACAGGCGACAUUUAAACUGGAAAUCUAUUGCAUCAACUACACCUUGUAAUCUAUUAUUAUAUGAGCAUGUGUUUCAAAUACAGGACUGCUGGAUUCUCUUUUCUAACCAAACUGAACGGCUCGUCAAUGACCUAAUGGAUAAAGGCAUUUCCAGGCUGCAGCACUAAGCCAUAACAGAUGAUCUCAACCAGCUCACCUUUUGGUAUUAAUCUCAGCACUACCUUGGGACUGCAACAACAAUAAAUUGCAUUGGCAUAGAACCUUUCAGGUCGAGAGGAGCUACCAAGGCACAGACGAUUAGUGAGUGGGAGUAAUGGGAAAAGAGCGGAGGAUUGGAACUGGUUAGGACAGCUCUUUCGUAGAGCCAGCACGGUCACGAUGGGCCAAAUGGCCUCAUUCUGUGCUGUAGGAUUCUAUAAUCCUAUGGAGGAUGGGGAGGGAGGGGAGACAGAAACUGGGCAAUUUUGGGGGUCGGGAGUAGCCAAAACACAAGUUGAGACAAGAAGCGGGUGGGGGGGGAUCAGUGUCAGUAGGACAGUCAAGCCUGCGGGCCUGGAGCAGGGGGAGGGGAAACACUCUGGAGAACAGCACAAGAAGGUCUGGGAGCUCUGGACACGGAGCUCAUUGCUGACUCCGGGCUCAUUAGAGAUGAGACACGAUAAAAAUAAUAAUAAUCCUUGCAUUUGAUAUAGAGCCUUAUCACAUGGUUG